UAAGUGGACAGCUGGGCUGUGUUAAUCUAUCCAGAAGGCUAAAAUUCUCAACAAAUCAUUCUGAAACUCAACACAGCUAACAUUUUUCAGUCCCAAACUCAACUUGUUAUCAGAGAAAUAAUUAACCACCUCAAGAAUCAAGCUGAAGCAUGUUCCGACUUUUGACUGCCUGCUGGUCUCGUCAAAAGGUCACAGAAGUAAAACAAAGGAAUGUAACUAUCAUUGUCAUUGGCUUGGAAAACUCAGGCAAAAGUCAUCUUAUGGAGGCCUUUCAAAGAUUAAUUCCUAGCAAGAUACACCACAGCCAAGUGAAACCAACACAGAUUACACUUCUACUGGAUGAUUAUCAAGUAUCUGUCUAUGACCUGAAUGGAGACCUAAAAGGCCGAGAAAAAUGGCCAAACUACUAUGCUGAGACACACGGGCUUGUUUUCGUCGUGGAUUCUAGUGACAUGUCACGAAUACAGGAAGUGAAGAUCGUCUUAACACGCCUGAUGUUUGAUAAAAGGGUAUCAGGGAAGCCCAUCUUAAUACUGGCAAACAAACAAGACAAGAAGGAUGCCCUCCUGCCUUGUGAUAUCAUUGAAUAUCUACUUCUGGAAAGGAUAGUGAAUGAGACUAAGUCCAUGUGCAGAGUGGAGCCAUGUUCAACCAUGAAAAACCUCCCAAAGAGGCACCAACAGCCAAUAGUUAUAGGGCUACGCUGGCUAUUAUCUGUUAUUGGGGAUCAAUAUGAUGAGCUGUGUACUCGACAACAAACACCCAGUAUGAGCAUCUCAACCUCGAAGAACAUCAGAGGCUGUGGAGAAAGAUGCUCAUCAGACAGCUUAUCUAACAGAAUGGGAAUGCUCAAAGACAACAGGCAGCAUUUUGAGAAAAGACAACACCUGGAGCACAGACAGCAUGCUGAGCAAAGACAUUUUGAGAAAAGACAGCAUUUUGAAACAAGACAUUUAAUACAGCGCUCACUGGAUGCUAGACCCCUAAAGCCAAUCCUACAGAAAGAUGGUCUGCGAAUGAGGCCCAAAAAGAAUAUGUCAGUAACAUUUGCUCUGGACGUCAUCAUAGAGGAAGGUGAAUGUUCUCGGAAGAUUGGAGCUCAAGGUAUCACUAAGGCUUGCAACACUAAAUGUUAUGAUGCACAGACUCCAGUUCCAUCUAUUGACGACAAUCUUUUCAAAGCUCGUAGGCCAAAAAAGAGAAAAGAUGCCUGGGACACUGAAGAAAUGUUACUGGAAGAUCCAUGUGGCAAAGCCUUCCGUUCCUGCGACUUAACAGACUACUAAAGAAAACGGAGGGACAGCAAAAGAAUCGUUACCUCUACCACCUUUCAGUAAAUGGGCACAUCUCCAGAACCAGCAGGAACACUCAGUCUUUGAAUUUUAUUGGAUAAUGCCUCUCCAGCCCACGUACAAGUUCACCUAUUCUAACAUCACAUCCCUGAGAACCAUUGUUUCUCCACACCAGCGCGGUACCCAGUAGGAAGUUAGGUGUUGUCCACCUCACCAAAGAAGAACAGAGACUUCCCACAUGUACUAUGAUGCUCCUGACACAGCUUACAGACAACACGUUGGGAACAACUGAAACUGAGCCUUAGAAGAACAGGGUUACUUUAAAAAUCACACAUUUCUCUGGAAGGUUCUCAGGUAUAAAGGGACUGGCAAAAUAAAUAAGGAUGAUGCUCUA